UUAGGACUUUGUUCUUCUUAGGCUGUAUUCUUUGAACUCAGAGGCUUGAUUCUCACGAAUCAAGAGAGGUUUAUCCUCAAAUUUAUCCCCCAACCUUGUCAUUGUACUCAGGUACAUGAAAAUUGGUAUCUAGAGCCAUUCGAUUCUGCUAAAUUCUUCAAGGGAAAUUGCAGAUAUGGACGAUAACUAUCCAAAACCAUUUACAAGAACUGAAUUGUUAUCUUAGAAAAUUUACAGUUUGGGCAGAUUUCAAGCGACAGUAGCAGAGAAGUUGGAAGAUGAACUUCAUCGACCUCCACAGCUAGUAGAGGAAUGGAUAAGCUUCUUUUCAGCAGAAAUUAAGGAAAUAUUGGCGAUGGAGCGGAGGCUGUGUGAUAAGAAUUCGGCAGAAAGACUUGGAUUACUCCAGUCAGUGGUUUAACAAUUGAAGACGAUAACGAAAUACAUCGCUGACCAAAUGGAUCCAAUUCCUGUUGAUUAAAAUCCAGUAAGUGAUUUCACUCAGAAAUCUUCAAUUUCGUCAACUGAAGAAGAAGAUGAAUCUCAAGACGAAUCUCUUGAUUGCAAAUUGCUUCCGCCGUUUUCCUUUGAAGAAGAUGAUGAUUCAACAACUUUAGACUCACAUGAACAAAAAAUUUUCCCUAAUUGGAGUGUUUUGAUGGAUACUUUUCACAUCAAAAACGUUCAAGGUACAGAGAGUUUUUCUAUUAUUUUCAAUUCUUCAUGUAGCAUAUUUGAUCGUCGUAAAUCAUUUGAACAUAUUAAAAGUUUAUCUGUUUUCGUUGGUGAUUAUGAGUUUUGUUUGAUGCUUCCUAAUUGGUCAAAUUCAAAGGAGGAAUGCAAUCGAAAAUCUGUAUAUGAGCUUAUUGUAGAUCUUGGGUACCGUAUAGAUUCAUUUUUUGAGCACUCAAAUGUACUGUUGUUUAUGGCAAAUGAGAGGAUAGGCUAUUUGAUAAAAUAUAUGAAGGAGAUAUCUGUUGUGCUAUGCUUCUUGUAUGGAAUCUUAGAAAUGGAAAGUGGGAAUACAAGCUCUUAAAUGCUGAUGGAGUUGUUUGUGAUGCUCAUGUUAAUGAAGGAAAUUCGGAAUACUUGAUGAAAUUGGUCUUCCUCGACAGCGAAUUACUAUGUAUGGAUUACUUCUAUCUCCAUUUUGGUGCUACUCGCUCGCUGUUUGAUCGUGCCAGGGAUGUUUUCCUCUUGCAUCUGCAAAAGCAUCAGACAUUUGAUACCAGGCCUCAACAAAACAGUAUUCUCUGGACUAAAUUGAUUCUUUCAUUGCCAAGCAAAAGUGAGUCUAGAAAUGAACUAUAUAUGUUUUCUCAGUUGCUUGCUGGUUUUAGAUUCUUUCUGGUUAUGUUAUUUCCUUUUGGUUCUUUCAUUCUUCACCUGGGUUCAAUUUCAAUAGCUUACUACACUAUAAAAAAAAUUCAUGAGCUUAUUAAUGAGCAUGAGUUUGCAUGUGACACAUUGUUUUGUGCCUCGGUUAUUUUGGUGUCGGUUAAAACUGUUGAUUGUAGUAAUAAUAUUAGGCUACUUGCCGAAUUAUCAGAGAGAAAUAGAUUCUUGUUUCUCCUGUCGUCUAGAAUGGUGAGCAUUCGAAAGUCACAUACAUGGUUUUCUCAAGUGUUUGGUAGGAAUGGCGCAUUUUUUUUCUUACAACUACCAUGUGAAUUUCUUAAGGGGCUCGCAGCUCAUCUUAUGUGCUUAAAGUGCAUCGUCGAGAGUGAGGGAGCUCGCAUACCAGUCUCGAAUUCAGCUAGCGCUCCGGUAUCUUCUUGUUGUAUACAAUUGUGGAGUUUGAGUUGUGGUGCAUACAUUAUACUCUUACCUUCUGCUGCAUUGGUUUUCCAUGUUAAGUUAUUAAUGGUUAUAGUCGAUAGAAGAAAAGCUGAUUUGUUGCGAUUUCUAGUGCCAAUAACUCCAGCUCUCACAAUUGCUAGAGCAGUUCUACUGGGUAAAUUGUUGCGGAUUCUUAAAAUAUUGCUGCAGUUCACAGACGGGUUACCUAUGGAUGCAAAACGUGUCCGUGUUCGAUCAAUGGAGAUUCGUGUUAAUGCAAACGAGAAAUAUGAUGUAUUGAGCAUUCUUGUGAAGCAUUUCACAGGUAAAGUUAUAUUUCUUUCAACCAUUACUGAAGCUACAAUCUAUCAUGGAGUCUGUAAAGUUGAAUCUUCUUGAUGUUGUCGAUUAUUGUAUCUGGUAUAUCAGCCAGUGGAUGAUUAUACCAAGUUAUGGUUCUAUGGACAGAUAAUGGGUUUACAGCUGAUGUUCAUAAUGAUUCAUAUUCCAGUUGUGUUGAUGUUUGUGGGGUACUUUAAGUGGAAAUUCAAGUUUUUUUCAACUCAGUUGUGCAGUGUGAUAAAUGUUAGGUGGGUUGAUAAUAUCUUUAUCUCAGUGGGGUUCCUUGACAUAAACUGGAAAUGUAAGAGCAAUUGGUUUUACGAAGGGAAGGUCCGUAAUAAAAUUGCAGAAACUCUUCGGAGGAGCAAUAUGUUGCGGUCAAGUACUAUAUGGCUUUUGACUGAGUUACCUAAAACACCUGUCUAUAUGGGUUAUGGUCGUUUUCUGUUUGAUAGAGGUAAAAAACUGGAUAGUGUAGUGAUGUCACUCUACAAGCACCACUCUUUUGGAUUCCAGGCUCAUAUGUACCUGCCAGGAAAAUGUCACGGCUCGUCAGAAAUUCUUAUAUGGCUGAUGGAAAGCUUGCAGAAAUUCUUAUACAUCAGAGAUUCUCCGGUUUUAUAUAAAGGAUGUUAUGGAUACUUGUGGUGGAAAUUUAGAUUUGUUCCGCUUGGUUUCUGGAGUGUGAGCAUGUGUUACAAUGACAGUUCAAUCCUCAGUUUCAGCUUUGAGGAAAAUUGGACUUCUAAUUCUAAGAGCCUUGGUGUUGCUCCUGUUUAGAUAAGUUCUGUGGAGCAGUAGCGCAGAUAAUAUUCAUGCACAUGGUUUCCCUAAUGCUUCUAUAGUUCUGACUUAUGCAUGGUUGGGUGGUAGUACAGGUACACUUCGAAAUGAGAACUUUUCCUUGGCGAAAGUUGGUUGUUGGGCCUGGUUUGAAAUUUGUAAGAUCCUCACCAGGUUAUUCAUUAGCGUUAUGGCUGUUAAGCUUCUCAUGCGUAUUGAAAUGAGCUACCACUACCUUGUCUUCCACCAGUUUGAAGGGGGUAUGUGGACUCCAGUCCACAAUCCUUGUUCUUCUGAAGGUGUUGCAGGAGAUGAAUAUUUGUCACUCAAAUUAAUUUUCAUCCUUGAGGAAAAGGAUGCUUUUAAUAAGGGUGGAAUGUCAUGUACCCGGUAUCAGAGGAGAGUGCCCUUAUCAUCUUACUUAUUAGUAUUCAGUAUUAGGUGUAGGGUUAGAUUUUAGUUUUUGAGUGAGUGUCCUUAUCAUUUGUAAAGAUUGUGUUAGAUGUGAACAUCUGGUGGCAUUGUAGCCGUAGAUGCUAGUUUGGUCUUUCUAUAGCUUUAUAAGCAAAAUCAGUCUGUAAUGAAGGGUAAGCAAAUUAUUAAUCAAAUUAGGACUUUUUUCUUCUUA